AUGGCAGCUCCCAUGAACAGUGUGGGUAAACCCUCAUCUGAGCGUUCAUCGAUCAAUACUACGAGUUUUCAGAAGAAAACAAGGAGCAAGUUAAUCUCCAUACCUGGUACCAGACCCUCGGUUCAAAAUGGACAACUCUUAGUUUCGACCGGUGUCACGUCACUCGACUAUCUGCUCGGUGGCGGGGUAGCGGUUGGAACAGUACUUCUCAUAGAGGAGGACCGAAAUGAUAGCUACUCUCGUAUGAUCUUAAAGUACUUCCUGGCAGAAGGGGUGGUGUGUCGACAUGAACUUUUUGUGGCGGCCGCUCAAGAUAACCCAGAUGACAUUCUACAGGAACUGCCAGCUCCCAUCUUGGACGAUGUUGCUAUCCACAAACCAGUGGAGCAGCCCAGGCUGUCUUGUAAGCCUCAAGACAGUUUGGAUACCAUGAAGAUUGCCUGGCGUUAUCAGAAUCUUCCAAAAGUACAGAGUGCCCUGGCAUCCUCAUCCCGUUUCGGGCACUAUUAUGACGUCUCCAAGACGAUGGAGCCGGAAAUUCGCCAGGCAGCCAAGUGCCACCGCUUCUACCUUCCAGAACAUCCCACCCAGUCUUCACCCACAUGCAGUACCAUGCUUGAGUCCUACGCUGCGUUGCUGAGGUCCCUUAAGGAAGUCAUACACAGGGAGGGCUUUGAUGUAGCAGCCCCCAUGUCAAAGUCCCGCAACAUCCUACGAAUUGGGCUUCCCUCUCUUGGCUCAGCUUUGUGGGGUGAUGACCUGUGUUGCCAUGACAACCCUAGAAACAGCCACGCCUUCACUACCUUUCUGUAUGGACUGCGUGCUUUGCUGAGGUCGUCGCUGUCAGUCGCAGUAGUUACUGUGCCUUCACAUCUCAUCCAGGACAGAGCUCUAAUGGGCAGCAUAACCAGGCUAUGUGACAAUGCCAUAGCCCUGGAAUCAUUCAAAGGCUCUGAGAGAGAGACCAACCCACUCUAUAAAGAUUACCAUGGUCUGCUACAUGUCCGCCAAGUACCUCACCUGAACUGUCUGGCGAGUAAACUCCCUGACCACAAGGACCUGGCCUUCAAGCUCAAGAGAAAACAGUUCACUAUUGAGAGACUGCAUUUGCCUCCAGACUUGUCUGAGACCGUGAGUCGUGUGAGCAGGGGGGAGCUGGCAGGAGCGACCGCGGUGACUUCAGCCUGUGGCUCUGGCACUUCCGGCAACAAACACCUGGACUUCUAGAGCUCCUACACAGUCGCCACGGGCAACCAACACCUGGAACGCUGCAGCGUUGCCCUCUUUACCACGGUGGCCACGUUGUUCCCUCGCCCACGUAAUGUCAAGCCCAAUAACCCUGCCAGCCAUUACCACCUGCCAACUGUCCCAGCCAGGGGUGACGAUCUAAACAUCCACAGUACCUCGUCUCAUAACGGACACAGUUCAUCCUUUAUGUCCUUUUUAUAUACACACCUGUAUGUGAUAUUUGCAUAUUAAAAACUGUCAAGUUCAUUUCACUUAUGCCAUCAGUUAAGUUUUUAUACAGACAGUUUUUUCACUGUAAAUUGCUAAAAAAAUGAGCCUUAUGGUAUUUUGAAAUGCUAUGAUUGGCUUAACCAAAUUAAAAUCCAAGAUGGAGGUAUUGUCUAAGAUUUGGUACAUUUUGCUUGCUUUUUGUUUUUCUGUGCCUCUGGGGAUUUUGAUCACAAAUAAAGUGUAAUCAUGAAAUGCUCUUUUAGUCUGCACAGACUCUCAGUCUUCGCAAACAUUAAAUAAUUUAACAGCAUUCUCCCAAGCUCCAUGCCUACUUUGCAGAACAUGUGGCCACUCCGGCCUGGCUCCCCCGUGUACAAUAGUAGUUUAUUUUUUUGGAUAAUGCAAUGAAAUGUCCCUUUGUAUUGCUAAAUAACAGAAAAUAAAUACACAGUACACAACAUAUGCUCUUAAUUCAGUUUUUACUUUACUGUGUCUCAACAGAAGCCCUGCAGGGAAAGCUGACUACCUGUGAAAGUGUGUCAUGAAUGACUGAUCUCUGAACUGCCUCACUGGUUUCAGGUUCGAAUAAGGGAUGCCUCCAUCUGACCCUGAGACUGUGCCGGUGAGUGACGUCUACCUCCAGUAAGCUGGAGAGCUGAGCAGGAAUGUGGGCAGAGGGUAGGAGAGCUGGAUUUGGGUGCAGGCUUCACACCUCAUCAGGCAUGUUUGCUGGAUGAGCUGCUUUGCCAUGACAAGCCCAAAAGAACAAAUUAGGUCAAAUGGUGACAUGGAGAAACAGAGAAAAAACAACAUGAAAAAUUAAAUGUUUCAUUUUUGUUUUCCUCAGUCUGCUGCUGAUGCCAGUUUGAAUAUUU